AUGAAAUCGAUUUUUUGGGCUUUGAGUACUUUACUUGCUCUUGAAGCAAAGGCGGCAACUUUACCUUCAUUCCCCUCGGCCUGUGCCAAUGACAUCCAACAUGAUGUUAUAUAUAUUUUCAGUCAUGCACCAUUGACCUUUUCAUUUGACGUUUUUACUGCCUCAGAUUGUGCUACGAAAUGUGCUGGGUUAUCGGCAUGCUGUACCUGGCUCUAUUCGACAUCAGGCUAUGAAUGUCAACUGUACGGAGAGGACCCGAUAUCUGAGAUAUCGAAUCCGCUUUUUGUUUCAGGAGCUUGUUCACCUCCGACGGCCUCUCUCAUUGGGAUCCCCUCUUCGUCCAGCAUUCCAAUCCUCAACGCUACAGGAGAUAUUACUCGGAAGGAGAGGAAAAAGAAGGGGGAGAUGGCAUUCACGGCUAGGAUGAGACAGAUUGUCCCUGGUCUCUUCCUGGGGAAUGUUGGAGCAUCACACAAACGGGAAAUGCUUCAAGAGAACCAUAUUAACGCAAUUGUCUCUCUCACUGAUGCUCGAUGGUGUGGUAGAAGACCAUUACAAGAGAGGCGGGCGUUCCAGAACAUCGUCGCAAAUGGGUUCAGUGUGUGGAUUCGUCGACCCAAGACCUCCCUCGCCCAUAUGAGUGAUAUUUGCGACUUCAUCGACCAAACGGCAUCCCCGGCUCUUUCUUCGCUCCUCUAUUUUUUAUUCAGCUACUCUAAAUGGCUAUAUGAAUCAUAUAGAAAAUAUAGUAGUAGACUGUUCGGGUAG